AUGAGUGCCUCCCGAGCUAUCGGAGGCUCUUCGAGGCUUCUCGCCAACUUGGCACGCUCGCACAACUCGACUCUCGCCCGACAAUGGAUCUGCCGACGCUGCGCUUCUACUGCAAUCGUCCCGGCCUUGUCCGCAGGCUUGAGGGCGCCGUCGAAACAAUGGCCGUUGGAUCGACGGUGGCAGCAACGAAGAGGUGCUGCUGGGGCCGCCGCUGCAAUGCUCGAGGAAGCCCAGGAUGACCCCGAGUCACUCUCUCAAGAAACCAUCAUUGACAACUUGUCGCCCGAGGAGGCGCACCGGCUGUCAAGAGUACGAAACAUUGGUAUUGCGGCGCACAUUGAUUCCGGCAAAACGACGGCGACAGAACGAGUCCUCUUCUACACGGGCCGGAUUAAGUCUAUCCACGAAGUCCGUGGUAAGGAUGCGGUCGGUGCGAAAAUGGACUCGAUGGAACUUGAGAGAGAAAAGGGCAUCACUAUCCAGUCUGCAGCUACUUUCUGCGACUGGGUCAAAAAGGAAGAUGGCAAAGAAGAAAAAUAUCAUAUCAACUUGAUUGACACGCCCGGACACAUUGACUUCACCAUUGAGGUGGAGCGAGCAUUGCGGGUGCUUGAUGGCGCUGUCAUGAUCUUAUGUGCCGUUUCCGGUGUCCAAAGCCAGACCAUCACAGUCGACCGACAGAUGCGGAGAUACAAUGUCCCCAGAAUCAGCUUCGUCAACAAAAUGGACCGAAUGGGCGCAAAUCCAUGGAAGGCCGUCGACCAGAUCAACAAGAAGCUCAAGAUUGCCGCUGCAGCUGUUCAGGUUCCCGUCGGCGCCGAAGAUGAGUUCCGCGGCGUGGUCGACCUCAUCACAAUGAAGACGUGCUAUGCUGAGGGUGAACGUGGCGAGAUCAUUGUCAUCAAGGAUGAAAUUCCGGCCGAAGUUCAACAGCUUGCCAAAGAGAAAAGAGCAAAGCUGAUCGAAACACUUGCCGAUGUUGAUGACGAGAUUGCCAACUUGUUCUUGGACGAACAGGAGCCCACGAUUGAGCAGCUGAAGGCCGCCAUCCGGAGGGCUACCAUCUCGCUCAAGUUCACGCCAGUCUUUAUGGGGUCUGCUCUCGCCGACAAAUUCAUCCAACCGAUGCUCGACGGUGUCUGCGACUAUCUCCCCAACCCAUCCGAAGUUUCCAACACCGCGUUGGAUCGAAGACAGAAGGAGGCUCCGGUCAAGCUUGUUCCUUACAACUCGCUGCCCUUUGUUGGGCUGGCAUUCAAGCUGGAAGAAUCAAACUUUGGGCAGCUCACCUAUAUCCGCGUGUAUCAAGGCAAACUGCGAAAAGGCCUCAACGUGUUCAAUGCCCGGACCGACAAGAGAGUCAAGAUCCCCCGUAUUGUUCGCAUGCACUCCAAUGAGAUGGAAGAAGUGAACGAAGUGGGUGCCGGAGAGAUCUGCGCGGUGUUUGGCAUCGAUUGUGCGUCCGGAGACACCUUUACCGACGGCCAGUUGGGUUACACUAUGACCAGCAUGUUCGUGCCCGAACCGGUCAUCUCGCUCAGCAUCAAGCCGAAGAACAACAAAGACUUGCCCAACUUCUCCAAAGCCAUUGCGCGGUUUCAGCGCGAGGAUCCCACUUUCAGGGUCCAUUUCGACACCGAAAGCGAGCAGACGAUCAUCUCGGGCAUGGGUGAGCUUCAUCUCGAGGUCUACGUCGAGCGUAUGCGUCGAGAGUACAAGGUCGACUGCGAAACAGGCCCACCCCGCGUUGCUUACCGGGAAACGAUCACCAAGCGUGUCGAAUUCAACCACCUCCUGAAGAAACAGACCGGUGGUGCAGGUGAUUACGCGCGUGUUGCGGGUUAUAUGGAGCCCAAGGGUAAUCUUGAGGGCAAUCACUUUGAAGAACACAUCAUUGGUGGUGCCAUUUCCGAGAAAUUCUUGUUUGCUUGUGAAAAGGGCUUUCAUUUGUCCUGCGAAAAGGGCCCCUUGGUCGGGCACAAAGUUCUCGGCGCAACCAUGGUCAUCAAUGAUGGUGCAACACACAUGACUGAUUCGAGCGAAAUGGCAUUCAAAAACGCGACGCAGCAGGCCUUCCGAAAGGCGUUCAUGGACGCCGACCCUGUGGUGCUGGAGCCGUUGAUGAAGACGGUCGUGACGGCCCCCACCGAGUUUCAAGGCAACGUGGUCGGACUGUUGCAAAAGCGCAAUGCGGUGAUCAAUGACACGGAAGUCGGCGUGGACGAAUUCACCGUCUGGGCUGACACCAGUCUCAACGGCAUGUUUGGAUUCAGCGGCAACCUCCGGGCCGCGACACAGGGCAAGGGCGAGUUCAGUAUGGAAUUCAGCCACUACGAGCGAGCACCGAUGCAGCUGCAGAAGGAGCUCCAGUCCGAGUUCUUGAAGGCCCAGGCUGAGAGAAAUAAAAAAUGA